UGUUCCUAGGAGAUGGCGGAGCAGCAUGCAGUGCCGGAGCAGGCUGCAACUGGCAAGAGUCCCGGAGGCCUUGAGGGCAGCUACAAGGUACUGGUCAGGGGGCAGCCCGGGGCACCAGAGCCCGUCUGCCCUUGAGACUUAGGAUGCAGCGUCACAGGCCUCUUCAGAAGGGAACAGCCGCCCUUCCAGUCAGGACCGGAGAACAGAAAACGGCUCUGGCUGGGUCCCCUUCCCCACCCUAAAUUGUCCCUGCUCUCUCUCCUUAUCUGCAAAAGGAGACUAUUUCCAGGCCCCCUGCCUGGCUCCACGGGAGCCUGGAGGCCCGGGAGUCUCAGGAGAUGUGGCUUUAAGCUCUGACUCUGCUGCCUGACCUCACUCCAGUUCCUAGCCCUCCCUGGCCCCAACAGCUCCUGUCUUUACAAUGGGAACCAGGCCCCCCCCCCAGAGCUGAUGUGAGAGCUGGAUGAAAAUGCUAUAAUGUCGCCAGCUAACAGAGAAAUCUGAGUUCCACUUUGAAUUCUUUGGCUCUGAUAUUUUGAAACCGUGCCCAGUGCCCUGAAUUCGAGAUGGGAUCCAAGGAUGGGUGGACUUAAGGGAAUAAAUGGGGGCAGCGGCAUUUUCUGCAGAUGUUCUGGUGCCUUUAAAGAGAACAGAAGAAGCCAGGCAGGGGCUGAGGGGACGGGCAGCAAAGGGCCCGCCUGGCUCUGAGCCUAAUUCUCGGGCGACCUUGGGCAAGCCUUGUCCUGCCUGAUCCUCGGCUUCCUUGUAGGAACAGUGGAGGGUCGGGCGAGGGGCCUCAAAGCUGUGGCCACUCUGGUAUGCCAGGAGGUGGCAAAUCCCAGAGGCAGCUGCCCACUGGGAAGGUGGCUGUUCCUGCUGUCCCACACUGCUUCCCUUUGUCAUCUGUGGGCCUUUCCCUGUCCAAGCCUGCAGGGGAGAGAAAAGAGCCAGUGGAAAAGAGUAAAUCCCGGGGCCUCCAUUUAACUCGCUGUGUGGCCCGAGGCAAAUGACUUACCUUUUCUGAUCCUCUCUAGCCCCUUCUAUAAGAUGAUCAAAGCAGAUGUCCUCCUGGGCCCUUCUACAAUGACAGUUUAUGCUUUCAGGCCCCUUCCUCCUGGGCCUGGGGCAGGUGGAAGGCUCAACCUAGAGGGUACAAACUGAUGAAUUUCAAUUGUCAUGCCCAAGGUUUAAUUUUAAUGGGGAAAUGUCACAUUAUGGAAAAUAUAGAUUUCCGGCUUCUCUUGAAAAAUUUGGGACUGGGUCCGCAUUCCCUCAUGACCAGAACCGGCUCCAUUUUCCCAAAGUCACUUAACUCUAUUAGAUUCCCUAUUGGCUCCCACAGUUACUGAGUUGCAACCCCUUAAUUGGUUUGAGGUUCCCUGGAGGGCGCCAUUCCCCACCACGGCCACCAGGGGGCAGCGCAGGCCUGCAGUGAUGCUAACUACAAAGCAGCCUGGAUGGGGCAGCUGGUAGCUUCUCUUCUGCACCCCCAGGAGGACUCCACGGGGCAAGGGCUGGGGCUGGGGCUGGGGCUUGGGCUGCGGCUGGACCCGGAUGGGAUGCUCAGGACGCUGCCCUUCCAGGUGACCGUGUACGAGCUGGAGAACUUCCAGGGCAAGCAGUGUGAGCUCUCGGCCGAGUGCCCCAACCUGACGGACAGCCUCCUGGAGAAGGUGGGAUCCAUCCAGGUGGAGUCGGGGCCGUGGCUGGCAUUCGAGCGCAGGGCCUUCCGCGGGGAGCAGUUUGUCCUGGAGAAGGGGGAUUAUCCGCGCUGGGAUGCCUGGUCCAACAGCCAUCACAGUGACAGCCUCCUGUCCCUCCGGCCUCUGCACAUUGAUGGUCCAGAUCACAAGCUGCAUCUGUUCGAGAACCCAGCUUUCAGCGGCCGCAAGAUGGAGAUAGUAGACGAUGACGUGCCCAGCCUCUGGGCUCAUGGCUUCCAGGACCGCGUGGCGAGCAUCCAGGCCAUCAGCGGGACGUGGGUCGGCUACGAGUUCCCUGGGUACCGUGGGUGCCAGUACGUGUUCGAACAGGGAGAGUACCGCCACUGGAACGAGUGGGACGCCAACCAGCCACGGCUGCAGUCCGUGCGCCGCAUCCGCGACCAGAAGUGGCACAAGCGAGGCUGCUUCCUCAGCAGCUGAAGGGCGACAGGCCCCAGUGAGCCAGGCCCCCUCGGGCGUCAGCGAGGACAAGAGGAGGCGGCUCCAGGGCUGGGGCGAGAGCCUGCCUGUGCACCCUUCCCUGGAAUCUGCUCAAUAAAGCCUGGGGUCAGUCCCCCCCUGCCAUGGUCCUCCAAGUCACUUCCUGAGGGGC